UCUAUGCCAGGUGGCAAAGUCUUUCAAAAACAGUUGCAACAGCUGUUGGGGAAAAAUCAAUUUUGCAAAUCCGUCUGUGUCUGUGCAUAACUGAUUUAAAGCAGAAGAAAAUGUCCUCUAACGCCGAUUGUUUUAUUGUGCUACCCGCUAACUGUGCAUCUGGCUCUCUAAUUUUUGGCCGCAAUGCGGAGGACGCAACAGCAGUGGGCGGUGUAGGCGUGUCAUCGGAAAUUUGCUACUAUGAUGUCAGCGACGUGUUAGAGGGGAAGACUGAUGGCGGCGCCACUUUUGAGCCAGCUGGCGAUGCCCUACGUGUUAUAUUGCAAAAACCCAAACCCGGCCUUUGGGGCGGAGAUUUUGGAGCCAACGAUCGGGGUGUGGCUAUUGGGCUUACCUGGAGCGAUGGCCAAGAGGAAGCAAAGGACAGUGACAGCUUGCUGGGCACAGACAUUGUGCGCAUUGUUUUGGCCGAGUCCAAUGAGGUAGAGGCAGCCGUGGAUCUUAUUGGCAGUUUGGUGGCAAAGCACAGCAACGACGGGAGCAAACUCAACUUUGUAGUAUGUGAUCCGAGUGCUGCCUGGAUAUUGAGCAGUGCGGGAAAAGUCUGGGCAGCUGAGAAGCUGCAAGCCACCUGGCAGAGGUUACCCAGCGGUGGUCUGACUGUAACCAAUACGAUUGAUAAGUCUAGCGAGGGUUUAGAUACGGCCGCUAGCUUUGCCGCUGCUCACGAUGCGGAGGCGCAGGCGCCUGAAGCAGAAUGGUGCGGUCCAAAGCCGGAUGGAGAUGCAACUUACACGCAACAGGAUAUGUUUGAGACACUACGCUCGGCGAGCGGAGAUGGCUCACGUGGUGCAACCGUGUCGGUGCUGAGCUCUAAGGGUAGCUCAAUCUCAUGCCAUUGGUUCACUGGCACGCCAAAUGCUGCCGAGUCUGUGUUCAAGCCGUUUGUGUUUGCGCCCAAGCCUCGUAUUUCUCCAUUGACUCAGGUGCAGUCGGAUGCGGAGCAGACAUUGCUGCAUAGCCUUCAUGCCAAUCGAAAGCCAGCUGCGUUGGAGCACUUGAGGAGCUUGGAACGCUCCUGUGUUGAUGAAUUAAACAAUUACUUUUCGCUACAGGAUCAUGCCAGCGAUGAGCUGGACGAGCUGCUCAAGGAUUGCGUUGAGGCGGAAGUCAAAUUCUAUCGCUAAACGUUGCAUUCAACAAUUAUGAUAUAUUGAUAUUUACCUAGCUUGCAACCAUGACGACGCUCGAUGCUCUUUUGAGCGAUUCGCUCCGAUUCGUUUCGACUUGUGCAUUUUAUAUUAUAUAUUCAUAAGAACGUCUUAAAAAAUUGAUAGGAUACUCCAAAGCUGUUCAUCCGUGCAAUGCAAUCUCCAAAUAUUUAUGAAUUUUCAUCUUUAUAUAAUUUCAUUUUUUGUGUUAGUUUUGUGUAUUCUUAUGUUUAUGCAUUAACGUGAUAUUUAUUAUAUAUAUAUUAUUAUG